CAUCUACACCUCCAGAACCCCAGCCCUGGCAAGCAUUGCAGCUUAAGGUGGAAAGCCCCCUCCUGACUCUCCACACCGUAGAGGUCCCCCUAUCACUCCAGUGCCUUGCUCUUGCCCUCUCGUCUAUUGGGAACUGUUGUAAAACCCAGAAGGCCCCAUGCACUGCCCCCUUUACCUGGCUCAUCAGUGUCCCAUGGCAAAGCCCACACCUCUCAGUCAAGGAGGCCCCCGUGGACCCUACUGAGUUAGUCCUCAAUGCUGAUAGAGGAGCUGUGCCCUCACUCCAAGGGCAAGUUCUUACAUAACACUCCUCACCUCUGCAACACCUUUACCUGUGCAACUGCUCCCAUGACCAGGCACACCCUGAGGUGCUAACACCAAACAGGGCUUCUAUUUGCAUGUGCUGAGCUAUGAGGGUGGGGAGAGGGGGGAUGACACUCCCAAGUUUGCUGGGCUGACAGGGGUCAUAGGGCUCAUGCAGAGAGAGAUGACAUGACACAUUUAUCCAGCAAACCUUUGCUGAGCACCCACUGAGGGCCAGCCUAGGUACCAUGUGCUGGCAGGAGCAUCCUGCCGUACGAGAGAACAGCUGACUCCACUGGAGCUUCGGAAUGGUUAGUCUGCCCAACCCCUGGGGAGGGUAUAUCCUGAGCUGGACAUCCCUGGGCCCCUGAUUGUGCUCCCCCACCCCCAGUAUUUUAUUAUAAAGACUUUUAAACACAGAAGUUGAAAGGACUGCACUGAACACCUAUAUACCCACAAUCGACUUUACAAUUAUUAGUUACAUUUGCUUGAUUACAUUUCUAUCCCUCCAUCCCUCUGUUCAACCAUUAGCACAUCUUAUUUUUUUGACUGAAGUUUGGAGUCUGUUGGUGCCCCCCACACCUCUAGGAGCCCAGCCAACUUACCCACUGCAGCUUUGCACACAGGGCGGUCUUCUCUUCCUCGGUGCAGGCUCACCCUGGAGCUGUACAACAGAUGGGCUGUGGACACCAAGAGCUUGCCCAUGGGAGCCUCAAGGCCUGGAGGCUGUCAGAUUUGAUGGCUGUCACCCUUGCACCCAUAACCUCCAUCCAGGGUCAGCCAGUCACCAAGGGCUCACACCUUAUCCUCCUGUGUCCCAGCCCCCCCCCCCCAGGUGUCAUCUCAUCAACAGAGUGUGGGCUUUGCAGCCAGAUGAAGGUUUGGGUCCAAACGCACUAUACGCUGGUGGAAGAGUCACCCAUCUCUUUGGGCAAACUGACUCUUGUUCCAAGUUGGUGAGAAAUCACUGAGAUGCUGUUAGAUUUGUGACCUGCCAGAACCCAUGUCCUGGCCACAUGGCCCUGGCCUCCACAACACAUCUGACACAGCGGGACAUUUCCUCUACCCAUCAGGAAUACCCCUGGCUCCUGAGCAGGCUUCUCUGAGUCUGGUGCCCCUGACAGCCCUGAAGAACUUCCCUGAUCCCAGCCACCACAUAGUCCACACAGACCUAACUUAACCAUAAGUCCUUGCUACUCAGCACUCAACACUUGGGACGUGAGGUGGUUCAGGGAGCCAAUCAGAGACCAGGCUUUGCGGGGUGGAGGUGAGAGCCUCACACCUGGGCUCUGUCUGAUAAAGUCCAGGCCUGGGUCCAAGACCUUGGCCUAGAGACCCUCCUCCUGACCAGAGCAUGGGAGGGUGCUGAGCCCACACAGCUGGCUUGGCCUCAGGCCUGGGAGUUUUGCCCAAGGACAAGGAGAACCAUAAAACCAGGCCCAGCUCUCAACCUCAUGCCUGCCACAAUGCUGCUGCUCAGUCUGACCGUUAGCCUGGUCUUCCUCGGCUCCUCCUGGGGCUGCGGCAUUCCUGCCAUCAAGCCGGUACUGAGCUUCAGCCAGAGGAUUGUCAACGGGGAGAACGCAGUGCCAGGCUCCUGGCCCUGGCAGGUGUCCCUGCAGGACAGAAGCGGCUUCCACUUCUGUGGGGGUUCCCUCAUCAGCCAGUCCUGGGUGGUCACUGCUGCCCAUUGCAGUGUCAGCCCUGGCCGCCACGUUGUUGUCCUGGGCGAGUACGACCGAUCAUCCAAUGCUGAGCCUUUGCAGGUCCUGUCCAUAUCAAAGGCCAUCACGCACCCUUCCUGGAACCCCACCACCCUAAAUAAUGACCUGACGCUACUGAAGCUCGCCUCCCCAGCCCAGUACACAAAUCGCAUCUCACCAGUCUGCCUGGCUUCCCCAGAUGAGGCGCUGCCUGCAGGCCUCAAGUGCGCCACCACUGGCUGGGGACGCCUCAGCGGCGUGGGCAAUGCGACCCCAGCACGCUUACAGCAGGUGGCUCUGCCUCUGGUCACCGUGAAUCAGUGCAGGCAGUACUGGGGCUCGCGCAUCACUGAUUCCAUGAUCUGUGCAGGCGGCGCAGGGGCUUCCUCAUGCCAGGGAGACUCCGGAGGCCCCCUCGUCUGCCAGAAGGGGAACACGUGGGUGCUUAUUGGCAUUGUCUCGUGGGGCACCAGCAAUUGCAAUGUACGCCAGCCUGCCAUAUACACUCGGGUUAGUAAGUUCAGUGCCUGGAUCAAGCAGGUCGUAGCCUACAACUGAGCCGACCCCAGGCCCUCUCCCCAUAUCAAUCCAAUAAAGACCCCAUGCUCUGUC